AAUAUAGGUCAAUGCUGCUAGCCUCAAAAUACCAUAAAAAGGAAAAAUUUCCUGAACGUCUCAUAGGAGAUUUGAGUUACUGUUCCCUAUCGUAGUUUGAUUUUUCUUUUUUCGUACACUGAUCCUCGACUGAAAGGAGGUAGAGGAUAGCACAGCCUCAUAGUGCCCAGCUUGCCUUAGUACUUAAAGCUUUACAAGAAGCCUACACGACAAUGUAUUUUGCACACAACUAAAUAUUGAGAGGACACUACUUCUACGUCUCCACAACAUUGGACCGCCAUCCCUACAUGGAAAGGGCUGACACUCAUUUUUUCUGUUAUUUUUAGACCCCGGGUAUUGGUCUGGCACUGCAAUCCAGCGAUCUAAUCAAUGUGCUAAUCCUCCCGCGGUUUAACUGCCUGUAGACAUGGUUUCGUCUUUUUCACAAAUAUUGGUCGCUUACUGUCUGAUUGAUCUUACUUUUAUUCUGAUUGAGCAAAUUAAGUGAAACCCUAAGUUUUUUCAAGCUAAGACUACUUGCUUUUCUCUUCAAAACUUUAUCUUUCUCAGGGGCGUAGUUAAGAGGGAAAGGGCGCAGAGUUACGAAACGGUUCCUUAACGCUGAGCGCGUCAAGCCAAUUUUGAUAGUCUGCACUUUUUUCUAUUCAAUAUAAGGCGUUUAUUGCCCUGAGAUUGGACAAGUCGAAUAUGCCACACGAGUACUGAGUGGAGCUGACGGUGACUUAAAUGUUGUUGGGACCACGGCAACUUUCACUUGUGACGCUAAUUACCGAAUGCCAGAGAAUGUCGAUGCUUCAAGAACCUGCCAAGGAAAUGGAACCUGGAGUGGAACACAACCGAGAUGUGUAGGUAUGUAUCAUAUCAGAAAUUUCAAUUAUUUAUCCGUGUUAUUUCAUAAGUUUGUAACGAACAAAGCAUGAAACUUUUAAUGGCGUGCUUAUCGGUACCAUUUUCAUUUUAAGCCGGAAAACUGAUGACCAUACGUCGUGCAUUAUGUAAAUCUGAUAGAGAUCUGACACUAACAUAUAUGACUGUAUAUUUCGCUGUAUUUACACUGAACAAAUUUUGAGAAUAAUUUUCUCUUUUGGAUUCCUUCGUCCUAUUUAACUCAAUUUCACCGAAAAAAACUUUAUAAGAGUAUUAUAUAUCACAUGUUAUCAUAUAAUGAGCUGCAAUUCUGUUUCAAUAGAUAUUUGUAGGUAUUCGUUAGGCAUUAUCUUUUUGUAAUAUUAUGAACUUAAUAUGAGAUCCCGAGGGAAACAGUUAGAUUUGUUUUCGUCAAGGAAAACAUCGGGACUCGAGGGAAAACAAAACUAACUGGUUUCUUGAGGGACCUGACAUUAUUGUUAUUCUUUUUGUCAUUAUUGUUAUAUUUCUUAACAAAAGAAUAUGAACAACCGGAGCGAAUCAAACAGUCGAAUCGGUUCUUAGAAGAACACAAAUUUAAUUCUCAAAAACUUUGAAUGAAUGAUUUACAAAGUAUUUUCCUUUCAUUAUCUGCAUCUUUUUCCUCCACUAGCUGCUGUUUCUCUUCAAGGAUAACUUUGAAAACCGUUGCUUUUUCAGCUUGAGGCUUCAUGUUUGUGUUGUUGUGUUCAUUCACGAAAAAGAAAACUGGCCGUGUUUUUCCCGCCUUCUGUCUCGCCACUUUCCACCAUGCUCUGAUCACAUGCUGUAAUGUAUCCCAAGCGUGGUACAAAUGCUCAAAUGUAUCACGAUCGGGAUAAGUUUGAUUUUAGUCAAGGCCAUGUGACCAAGAAUCAACCAAUGACAGUCUCUGUUUAGUUGAGUGAAAGUCUAGGAAUACAACAAUAAUCAAUAUUAACAAGACCUUUUUAUGCCCAUUGCACGCCACUCUUAUCUGUUUUCAUUAUUCCAGCCGCCUUUUGUAGCCCAGUUCCAGUUCCUGAUAAUGGCGCGGUUCAAGGCUACCGUUAUGAACUGGGAGCUACCCUACGUAUCACCUGUAACGAUGGUUACAAUUUGGUGCCUUCAGGCUCCUCAUUCAGGACUUGUAUUUCUGACGGAGCAGGGGGAGGACUGUGGUCAGGGGACGAUCCUGUGUGCGAAUGUAAGUUACGGUAUAUUUUAUUCUAAGGUUCACAAGGCAAAAUUGACUCAGACGCUGUUCUUUUCCAGCUCAAAAAAUAAUCGAGGAAAACAAAACAGAAAAUUGGGAUCCUAACCUAAGUCUUUGAGGAAUUGAAACAUGUAGUGCAGCGGUUACUAAUUCCGAAUAUUUAGGUUUCCAUAUUAAGAAGUACAUAUAACUGGUUCGUCUCUGUGCUGGAAAAGUAUGGUUGAUAAUUGAGUGAGAUUCCUGAGAGAUGAGAUAAAGCAGCUGCUUUAAGACCUACCUAGCUCCAGGACGCUCGUGAUCGCUUAUUUUAGGGAUAUUUAAGUUAAAGAAUGUUAAGGAGAGUAAUCUUAAACAGAAAUUUAUCCAUAUCGUAGGCGAGAUUACAUCGCACACAUACACUUCUUAUUUGCUAUUUCUUGUAAAAAAAAAUGUCAGAAUAUCAUUAUAGUAAACUGCUGACAUUUUAAUAUGCUUUUUGUGUAAACCUAGUGGUGGACUGUGGUGAUCCAGGAGAUCCUUACGGCGGAUAUCGUGAAAUAACAACCGAUACUAAGUACCAGUCCAUUGUAACGUAUACUUGCAAACCAGACCAUCACCUGGAGGGAGAGGACAGUCAGGUUUGUCAAGCUAAUGGAACAUGGAGUGGAUCCAAACCAGUUUGUUUGGGUAGGUGGCAAAUGUUUCUUUUUUCUUUCUUUUUUUUUUUUGUUACUGGAAGCUGUGUGAUUGAAUAUCAGCAUCAAUGUAACUUUGGUAUAAAAUGAAAUACUGAAGGGAAUUAUGUCAUUGCUGUGCAGGCAUAGCAAAAAUAAGAGAACUUGAAACACCAUAAAGUUCUCUGAGAGCGCUGUAGGAAGUUACUUUUAUUAUAUGAUAAACAACUUUAGAUACGAAGGUUCGAUAAAGCUAGGGCGAUUUAGCCCCAAGCUUAUUUAUUAUUGGUGACAUAGAAACUAGUUUGGUCUGGCCCACCGAAAUUUGAGGAUGCUCAGUAAUUUCCAAGCUUCUUCCGCGAAGACGCUGAAAAUGUAGCACUGAAUUUACAUAGUAAAUUAAAUCACCAUAAAGUUUAAAGCUGUAUGUGCAGACCAAAGUAGCAUAUCCCCUUCAGGUUGACCACUAUCUGCCUUAGAUUAUAAAAAUAGAACGAUGACUGGAGGUUGACAGUAUUUAUAUAGACUAUGCAUGACCAUUUGUAAGUUAUGCUAAAUCAAGGUGGGCUAGAUUACUGGUAUAACACAAUAUGUGAAUGUUUUUGAAGGUAUAUACGGUAAUAUAAAGAUUCACUGAACCACUUAGUAAAUACUUGAAAAAUGCGAAGAAAUAGCAACAACAUUCAGGAAAAGAGAAAACGAACACGCAUGAAACAAACAGGGUAGUAGAUAAACCGAGAAGAGGAAUCGAUAGAAAAAGGUACAAAAGUCAGGACUGAGGUCUAUAUAAGAAACUGAGCUAGCAUUUGAAUAAAUAGAGCAGAUACCUUUAUUGUCUUGGGUUUUCCUCGCAGAGCGCUCCUGCGGCAACCCUGGUGUACCUGAAAAUGGAAAUAAGAAUUCGUCGUCUUACCAGUAUGGUAACUCGAUUAAAUUCGAGUGUAACGUUGGUUAUACAUUACAAGGGUCUGCUGUACGAACUUGUGAGGAUAAUGGCUUGUGGACUGGAACUCAGCCUACGUGUGAAAGUAAGUUGAAUAAAUUCUUUUGUUCUUGCAAUAAGUUGUUAUAAGGAAUGACGCAGAAACACUUUUAAAAACGUUAAUUUAAACAAAAAUAAACAUUGGUAAGCCAUUUUAAGACAUCUUUUUCACGCGGUUACUUGGAUAUCCCGUAGUUCAUGAGUUGCGUGCUUUUAACGUACCUCUAUCACUAGACCUUGCUAAAAGUUGAAGAAAUAUCAAUUAGCUGAGCAGAUUUUUGUAUCAACAUUUAAUUCUUCUGUUUAAUAAUUUACCAUCGGCAGUUGAAGCGUAUAUGAAACUCAAAUUCUACCAAUUGAAUUGUAACUUUUAAUGAAUAAUUAAAAUUUACAACGCCAAAUACGAGUGAUAGCGUUAUCCUGUUAUUUUCAGUUGUCAACUGUGGUGAUCCAGGUACACCAGAUAACGGAGUCAGAUAUGGUGAUGUCUUUACUUUCCUGAGCACAGUGCUGUUAGAGUGUGACCCUCAGUAUAAACUUGUUGGUGACCUAACCAGAACUUGUCAAGCAGAUGGAAGCUGGACAGGAAGUCAGCCUAUCUGUGAGGGUAAGUAAAAAGACAAACUGUUGCUUAGGGUGUUUAACUGAUGGUCUUCGUGAAGAAGAACAGAAAAUUGUGACAAAAACCUCUUCUACCGCGAAUUUUUAGACCACCGGAAAGUUAGAUCAGUCAUCUUAAUUAAUAAUUUCCAGCAGAUUUCUAGAUCUUACCCCCAGGCAGGUAUAAAGGUUUACCUUUAUAUAGAGCCGUUUACAUAUAAACCCAUAAAACGGCCAUAAAUCGGCCCGUGGACCACACAUAAGCUAUUUUUUUUUUCAUUGAAAUCGCUUCAUUUUCGUAGGAUACAGAAACGAUAUGUUUUUCCCCAUAGAAAUCCUUCUAUUUAGAAUGUUACGCAACAAUGCCGAUGCUCGAUCGCCGACGCUCAUAUUUCGAAGCUUGGGCUACCUGUGAAAAAAGUUAUUUUUUUAGUUUCUUCUUUCUAUUCUUAUUCCCAUGCGGUCAAUCAAACGCGCUCUUAGAGGAGCUGUGCUUUGCUCAAAGUGAUGUUCAGUAAAAAGAAUUAAACGAAAUCAAAUAAUAAUAAUAAUAACGUAAUUAACAGAGUUAAGGUUUGAAAAUAGAUUUUAAAUAGAGGUAGAGGUUCGGUGGCCUAACGACUAAUUUCCGGAGCCCGUUUCUUUCGACAAUUAUCGGAUUUAGAAAGCUGUUGUUGUUUACAUU